AUGCAGCCUGCCCGGACAGACCUUGCGCCUCCCAAGGACGACCCGUUCACCGUCGCGCAGCUCAUGGCCUUCGACGGCUCCGAUCUCUCCAAGCCCAUUUACGUCGCCAUCAAGGGCACCGUGUUCGACGUCACGCACAAGUCGGACACGUAUGGAAAGGGGAAGUCCUACAACCUCUUUACCGGCAAGGACGCGUCCCGUGCCCUCGGCAUGUCCAGUCUUAAGGCAGAGGAUGCAGUAUCAGACUACAGCACCCUCUCCGAAGGCGACAUGAAGACGCUCAACGACUGGUUUGACUUCUUCACGAAACGGUAUAACGUUGUGGGAAAGGUCAUCGAUCUCCCGCCGCAGGGUUCUGCACCUCCGUCUGCUUCACUAUGA